AUGUAUAAGCUGGUCCUUUACCCGCUAAGGAGAACCUUCUCCACUAGCAUAUCCAAAUUAUCACAUUCGGUACCGAAAAGCUUGGAGAUUAAUGGAGUCUCCUACCAAUCAGAUCCAAAUUUCACUAACGUGACAGAAUCUAUCCUAAAUUUAACAGAUAGAUCACUCCAUUUAAACGAAUCACACCCGAUUGGUAUACUUCGUAAUAUUAUAGAGCACAGAUUUAACUCAUUACCAGGCUCUCAUUUUGCAACCUUCAAUCAUUUCAAGCCAAUAGUGACCAAAUGGCAAAACUUCGAUUCAUUGGGGUUCCCGAAAGAUCACCCAGGUAGAUCCGUAUCAGACACAUAUUAUAUCAAUGGAGAGACUCUAUUGAGGACUCAUACAUCAGCCCAUGAGCAAGAAUGUUUCCAUUCUAUUAAAGAGAAUAAUGAGGAAGCAUUUUUAAUAUCUGCAGAUGUGUACAGAAGGGAUGAGAUUGAUAGGACCCAUUAUCCAGUUUUCCAUCAAAUGGAAGGUGCACAUCUUUGGGGUAGAUCUUCGGAAGAAUUACACCAUUUGGAGAAGAGUAUUAAGGAGCUCGAACAAUUAUUGAAAAAUUAUACUACAAAGAUUGUUGUGAAGGAGGCCGACCCCUUUGAUGAUUCUACAAGACAACCAUAUAUGACUAACAAGGAAGCCUUGUUAUGUGAGGCACAUUUGAAAAGAUCUUUGGAAUUAAUUGUUGCAGAGGUUUUCAGCAAGAAGAUCGAAUCAAUGAAACUAAAGAAAUCUACUGAAAUUCCUGAUUCAUUACAAGUUAGGUGGGUCACGACGACCUUCCCUUGGACAACUCCUUCUUGGGAAAUUGAAGUAUGGUGGAAUAAUGAUUGGUUAGAAAUUUGUGGUUGUGGAGUAGUAAAGGAACAGGUAUUGAGAAAUGCAGGAUAUAAAGCUGACUCAAAGAUAGGCUGGGCUUUUGGUCUUGGUUUAGACAGAAUUGCUAUGCUAUUGUUUGAAAUACCUGAUAUUAGAUUGCUGUGGACUAAAGAUGAAAGAUUUCAUAAGCAAUUUAAGAAGGGCGAAAUAACAACAUUCAAACCAUACUCUAAGUACCCUGGUACCUUACGAGAUGUAGCAUUUUGGUUACCUGAUACUUCUGAGAAAUUCAAAGAAAUUCAUGAAAACGAUAUAAUGGAAAUUGUAAGAAAUAUUGCGGGUGAUCUAGUGGAAAGUGUCAAGUUAACUGACGAGUUUUUACAUCCUAAAACACACAGAAAAUCUCUGUGUUAUCGAAUAAAUUAUCAGUCAAUGGAUAGAAAUAUUACCAACGCUGAGAUAAAUGAUCUACAAAAUAAAGUUAAUCAUGAAUUAGUCAGCAAAUAUGGUGUAGAAUUACGCUAA